GUGAAAAAGUGAAUCUCUUUGAUUUUUCCAGGCAUCAUUGUUGAAAGAGCGUAUCACCACAGACAGUUUGAAGGGCACUGACUAUAUCUGCACCGUUUUAAUAACUUCCUCCAGCUAUAAACGUGAGCACUGAUGCUUGAUCUAUUGAUGGAGGAUGAAGCUGUCCUGGACAGAGGGGCUUCCUUCCUUAAGCAUGUGUGUGAUGAAGAAGAAGUAGAAGGCCACCACACCAUCUACAUUGGGGUCCAUGUGCCCAAGAGCUACAGAAGAAGGAGACGUCACAAGAGAAAGACAGGCCAUAAGGAAAAGAAAGAAAAGGAGAGGAUCUCUGAAAACUACUCAGACAAAUCAGAUGUAGAAAAUGCUGAUGAAUCCAGCAGCAGCAUCCUCAAGCCACUCAUCUCUCCUGCCGCAGAACGCAUCCGAUUCAUCUUGGGAGAAGAAGAUGACAGCCCAGCACCUCCUCAGCUCUUCACUGAACUGGAUGAGUUGCUGGCCGUGGAUGGGCAGGAAAUGGAGUGGAAGGAGACGGCAAGAUGGAUUAAAUUUGAAGAGAAAGUGGAGCAGGGUGGAGAAAGAUGGAGCAAACCCCAUGUGGCCACAUUGUCCCUACACAGCUUGUUUGAGCUGAGGACCUGUAUGGAGAAAGGGUCCAUCAUGCUUGACCGGGAGGCUUCUUCUCUCCCACAGUUGGUGGAGAUGAUUGCUGACCACCAGAUUGAGACUGGCCUGCUGAAGCCUGAUCUGAAAGAUAAGGUCACCUAUACUUUGCUCCGGAAGCACCGGCAUCAAACCAAGAAAUCCAACCUUCGGUCCCUGGCUGACAUCGGGAAGACUGUCUCCAGUGCAAGUAGGAUGUUUACCAACCCUGAUAAUGGUAGCCCAGCCAUGACUCAUAGGAAUCUGACAUCCUCCAGUCUAAAUGAUAUUUCUGAUAAACCGGAGAAGGACCAGCUGAAGAAUAAAUUUAUGAAAAAAUUGCCACGUGAUGCAGAAGCGUCCAACGUGCUGGUUGGGGAGGUCGACUUCUUGGAUACCCCUUUCAUUGCCUUUGUUCGGCUACAGCAGGCCGUCAUGCUGGGUGCUCUGACUGAGGUGCCUGUGCCCACAAGGUUCUUGUUCAUUCUCCUAGGGCCGAAGGGAAAGGCCAAGUCUUACCAUGAGAUUGGAAGAGCCAUUGCCACCCUGAUGUCUGAUGAGGUGUUCCAUGACAUUGCUUAUAAAGCAAAAGACAGGCAUGACCUGAUUGCUGGCAUUGACGAGUUCCUGGAUGAAGUUAUUGUCCUUCCCCCUGGGGAAUGGGACCCAGCAAUCAGGAUAGAGCCUCCAAAGAGUCUUCCGUCAUCUGACAAAAGAAAGAACAUGUACUCAGGUGGAGAGAAUGUUCAGAUGAAUGGGGACACCCCCCAUGAUGGAGGACAUGGAGGAGGGGGACAUGGCGAUUGUGAAGAACUGCAGCGAACUGGCCGGUUCUGUGGUGGAUUAAUUAAGGACAUAAAGAGGAAAGCACCAUUUUUUGCCAGUGAUUUUUAUGAUGCUUUAAAUAUUCAGGCACUUUCGGCAAUUCUCUUCAUUUAUCUGGCAACGGUAACCAACGCUAUCACUUUUGGAGGACUGCUCGGGGAUGCCACUGACAACAUGCAGGGCGUGUUGGAGAGUUUCCUGGGUACUGCUGUCUCUGGAGCCAUCUUUUGCCUUUUUGCUGGUCAACCACUAACUAUUUUGAGCAGCACAGGACCUGUCUUGGUGUUUGAGAGGCUUCUGUUUAAUUUUAGCAAGGACCAUAAUUUUGACUAUUUGGAGUUUCGCCUUUGGAUUGGCCUAUGGUCAGCCUUCAUGUGUCUCAUCCUGGUGGCCACUGAUGCCAGCUUCCUGGUUCAGUACUUCACCCGUUUCACAGAGGAGGGCUUCUCUUCCCUGAUCAGCUUCAUCUUUAUCUAUGAUGCUUUCAAGAAGAUGAUAAAGCUAGCAGAUUACUACCCCAUCAACUCAGACUUCAAAGUGGGCUACAAUACUCGCUUUUCCUGUGCCUGCUUGCCUUCCAGCCCAGUUAAUAUCUCAAUAUCUAAUGAUACCACACUAGCGCCUGAGGACUUACCAAUUGCUUCUUCUACUAACAUGUACCAUAAUGCUACCUUUGACUGGGCCCAUUUGUCGAAGAAGGAGUGUUUGAAAUACGGAGGACAGCUUGUGGGAAACAACUGUGAUUUUGUUCCUGAUAUCACACUCAUGUCUUUCAUCCUCUUCUUGGGCACUUACACGUCUUCUAUGGCUAUGAAAAAAUUCAAAACUAGUCGUUAUUUUCCAACCACAGCAAGAAAACUGAUCAGCGAUUUUGCCAUUAUCUUGUCCAUUCUCAUGUUUUGUGUGAUAGAUGCCCUGGUAGGUGUCGAUACCCCAAAGCUAAUUGUGCCAAGUGAGUUCAAGCCAACAAGUCCUAACCGGGGUUGGUUCGUCCCGCCGUUCGGAGGGAACCCCUGGUGGGUGUACCUUGCUGCUGCUAUCCCAGCCCUGCUGGUCACCAUCCUGAUUUUCAUGGACCAGCAAAUCACAGCAGUGAUUGUAAAUAGGAAAGAACAUAAACUGAAGAAAGGCGCUGGAUAUCACCUGGACCUGUUUUGGGUGGCCAUCCUCAUGGUGGUGUGUUCCUUCAUGGCCCUUCCCUGGUAUGUGGCUGCCACUGUCAUCUCCAUUGCUCACAUUGACAGUCUGAAGAUGGAGACGGAGACUUCUGCACCUGGAGAGCAACCAAAGUUUCUUGGAGUGAGGGAACAAAGAGUCACUGGAACCCUUGUGUUUAUUCUGACUGGUCUGUCGGUCUUUAUGGCUCCCAUCUUGAAGUUUAUCCCCAUGCCUGUACUGUAUGGUGUGUUCCUGUAUAUGGGGGUGGCCUCACUUAACGGUGUGCAGUUCAUGGACCGUCUCAAGCUGCUUCUGAUGCCCCUGAAGCAUCAGCCUGACUUUAUCUACCUACGCCACGUACCCCUGCGCCGAGUCCACCUGUUCACUUUCCUGCAGGUGUUGUGCCUGGCUCUGCUCUGGAUCCUCAAGUCAACCGUGGCUGCUAUUAUUUUUCCAGUCAUGAUCUUGGCACUUGUAGCUGUCAGAAAAGGUAUGGACUACCUCUUCUCCCAGCAUGACCUCAGCUUCCUUGAUGACGUCAUUCCAGAAAAGGACAAGAAAAAGAAGGAGGAUGAGAAGAAGAAGAAAAAGAAGAAAGGAAGUUUGGAUAGUGAUAAUGAUGACUCUGACUGCCCAUACUCAGAAAAGGUUCCCAGUAUUAAAAUCCCAAUGGACAUCAUGGAACAGCAGCCUUUCCUAAGUGAUAACAAACCUUCGGACAGAGAAAGAUCCUCAACAUUCCUUGAACGUCACACAUCAUGCUGAAAAAAUUCCUUUCCUUCAGUCACUGGGUAUGCCAAGUCCUCCUAGAACUCCAGUAAAAGCUGUGCCUCAAAUUAGAAUAGAACUUGAGCCUGAAGACAAUGAUUACUUCUGGAGGAGCAAGGGAACAGAAACUACAUUGUAGCCUGUUUGUCUUAAAACUGAUAGUUUUGUUAAUGUAACUAAUUUCUUUCUUUUUGUCUGUGUAAAGUUUUUGUUUGGUUUCAGUUUUGGGUCACGGCUGAAUACUGCAGCGCUCUCUGCUUCUCUCUUGCAUAGGUAAAAUCAAGACAAUAGUGUCUCUUCCCUUAAGGACAGCAUUGAGGACUCCCCCUUUUGUACUUUCAGAUGCGUCCUCUGACAUGUAGAUUCCUCUGUCAUUCAAGACAUGCACAGACCCUGUCCCUUUCCCUUAUCAAGCAGAGAUCAAAAAAUAUUAAGGAUUUAUAUCACCUUUUAAUACAAUAUUGAAGGAACUUACAAGCUUAGCUUAGAGCUGUGCUUGCUGGCUUGUCUUUGGUGGAAAAACGACCUCCAAACAGAGUCCCUUCUUGCUUUUAGAGCUCCCCAGGACUGGAAAAAGUGCUGCUACUCCAACUUGCUCUUGCUUGUCAACCCUAAUCUUAGAGUUAUCAAAGGAAGAAAAACUAAAGGUACUUUAAUCCCUGUAGAGAAACUUUUGCCAUCAUUGUAGCAAGUGCUGGAACAUCCCUUUUUCCUAUGCAACUUUUUUUAACCCUUUAAUGAACUUAUCUGUUGAGUACAUUGAAGAAUAUUUUUCUUCCUAGAUUUUGUUGUUUAAAUUAUGGGGCCUAACCUGCAACUUAUUUUUUGUCAAUUUUUUAAACUUUUUUUUAAUUACUGUAAAGAAAAUGAAUUUUUUCCUGCAGCAGGAAACAUAGUUUUGAGUAGUUCUACCUCUUAUUUGUAGCUGCCAGGCUUUCUGUAAAAAUGUAUUGUAUAUAAUGUGAUUUUUACACAUACACACAUACAUAGACACAAAUACACAAUCUUUAGGGUAAGCCAGAAGGCUAGAUGAAAUGAAAAGAAAAAGAAAGCACCAUGUUUCUAAGAAUACGUUUUUUCCCCCUUUCUUUAAAAGAAAUUUAACUGUUCAAUGAAGGAGCUUGAGGGAGAAGAGAGAAACUUACAUAAUAGGCGCAGCUUCCGUUGUGAUAAUGGUCAUACCUGGGAGCAGAUGCUAGUUGUGUUGCCACGUCAGUGUCCUAUGCAGUAUUGUUAGGCAUUUUUUCAUUUUGAAAUAUUUGUGUGUUUGUCUAUGGACUCUGUGUGUGUGUGUGUGUGUGUGUGUGUGUGUGUGUGUGUGUGUGUGUGUGUGGUAUAAAGCCAGAUAAAGAGUGACAGUAGACAAAGGGCAAAGUCAUCGAGCCCCUGGUGUCCAUUUUCAUAAAACCCAAACCACUUGUGGAAAAUUUAUCGGGGGCUCAAAUUUGUCCUGUAAAUCAGAUGAUAUCAGUUAGAUAUCAUCAGAUACCACUCAGAUAUCAGUCACUGUCAUUGAUAUAACAGUUCAUAUUUACAAUUCAAAAUCCUCAAGAAUAUUGACAGCACAUUCACACAUCUAUAAAGUGUUACAGGAAUGCACCUAGAUUGACAGAGACAAUUUAACAGUACUCACACACUUUUCUAGGAUGACUGGAGCACUUGUAAUAUAUAUGUAUGUGCAUUUCAACACAUCAUGUGAAAAAUUAGAAUUUUAUUAGCCAAAUUGAACAUGGCAUUUAAUUGUAAUAUUUUUAGUAAGUUACAUUAUAUAUUGAAUAUAUAUUAAAAUGAUGAUUUAAAUAUUGAAUCCAUAAUCUUGGAUUCAUAUAAUGACAAUUAUGCUAUACCCUCACUGAUUCUAAGAAACAGAAUGGACCACUUAUUUUAUUUUUGUAAUGCAUACUUUUGGAGUUUCACUUUCUUAUGUUAGUUAAAUUAUAAUUCUGCACUCCUGAAAUUUUGAUCAUAGAAUUUUUAUUAUCUUGAGUUAGCUGCUGUUUUAUAGACAUCUUGAAACAUUUUUUUGAAACUUUUAAUUUUAUUAAAAAUAGACAUAAAUGAUCCCAUUUUUUUCAUUAAAAUGAUACAAAUUAUACAUUAUUUGUUAAAACUUAAAAUGUUAAAUUUUGACAUAUUUUUAAUUCAGACACAUCCUAAAAAUGAUUAUUGCAUAUUGUCUAGUGUUCUAUGUAAGAGGCCUUGCUUUCUUUAGUGCUGGAAGCAUCAUUAAAAUGUUUAAAAGUAUGCUUAUGUUCAGCCAAACCUUGAUGUUGUUAAAUCAAAGGCACUUUACUUUUAUGAAAGCUCUAGUAAUUUUUUUUUUCUGAUUAUGAAUGAAGUAGCCUGGGAUUUGUGGCCCUCUCCACACCUUUCAGAGAACUCCUGAAACAACUUAUCUCAUCACCUCCAAACUGAAUAGAUUUAGACAUUAUUUGCAUCCCCGUUUAUGGUCCAUGUUCUCUGGCUGGGAUAGAAGGUUAAUAUUCAUAAAAUGAAUGCAAAGUCAUACCUUACAUUUGCUACAAGGAAUAGUUAGUACCAAGUUCUCUCAUUACUAUCAGAGGAGGAGGAGUAGUUCUCAUACUAACAGGUAAAACUCUAUAUCUAUAGGAAACCACCACAUUAUUGGAAUCUGAUCAUGUUUGCUAACUGGCUGAUAACUAACCAGAUUUCAGGGUGGUUUUGUUUCUAUGUAAACUGGACACAAAUACAACAAUGAAUUUCAAAUAAUGCAUUUCUGUCCUUUCUCCCUGGAUGUGAAUUUGGAGAUAAAGGUCUCUUGAAGUAAAAACUCAAAAGUUGUUGACCAGGAAUACUGUGCUUGUACAAACUAUUAGAAGGAAAGAUGCGUAGACUGAGCCUAUCAAAGUGUUUAAUGCCUGCAGUUUGCAUUCAAUGGGAAAAUCUCUUGGAGAUGCUGUUUUCCUUUUCUACUGUGUGCAGCAACUACUUGGAAUCCUAAUUAUUUUGUGUGUCAAGGCAGUGUUGUUUCAGCUUCUCCUAUCAGUCAAGGUUGCGGGGUGGGGCUGGGAAGUAC